AGGCGGGAGUCGAGGAGGGGCUGCCAAGGGGCGUCGGGUUACAUCUCCGCCUCCUCCGCCUGAGCUGGAGCAGCCGGGGUUGCGGGACUACAGUUGGGAAACAUGCUGGACGCGAGCGGCUGGAAGCCCGCGGCGUGGACAUGGGUGCUGCUGCUGCAGCUAUUGCUGGCGGGGCCCGGAGACUGCCUGAGCCGUCAGGAGCUCUUCCCCUUCGGCCCUGGGCAGGGGGACCUAGAGCUGGAGGCCGGGGACGACGUGGUGUCCCCCGCUCUGGAACUGAUCGGAGAGCUGAGCUUCUAUGAUCGUUCGGACAUCACGUCGGUCUAUGUCACUACAAAUGGCAUCAUCGCCAUGAGCGAACCCCCAGCCAGAGAAUCCCAUCCCGGAACCUUCCCACCCAGCUUCGGCUCAGUGGCGCCUUUCCUGGCUGACUUGGACACAACAGAUGGCCUGGGGAAUGUGUAUUAUCGAGAAGACUUAUCCCCCUCCAUCAUGCAGAUGGCAGCGGAGUAUGUCCAGAGAGGCUUCCCGGAGGUCCCUUUCCAGCCCACUAGUGUGGUGGUUGUCACUUGGGAGUCCGUGGCCCCCUAUGAAGGGCCCAGUGGGAGCUCUGCCCAGGAAGGCAAGAGAAACACGUUCCAGGCUGUGCUGGCCUCCUCAAAUUCCAGCUCCUAUGCCAUUUUCCUUUAUCCUGAAGAUGGUCUACAGUUCUUUACAACAUUCUCGAAGAAGGAUGAAAACCAAGUGCCUGCCAUGGUUGGCUUCAGCCAAGGCUUAGUGGGAUUUCUAUGGAGAAGUGAUGGAGCCUACAACAUAUUUGCCAAUGACAGGGAAUCAAUUGAAAAUUUGGCCAAGAGCAGCAACGCUGGACACCAGGGUGUGUGGGUGUUUGAGAUCGGGAGUCCUGCUACUGCCAAGGGUGUGGUGUCUGCAGAUGUGAACCUAGGCCUGGAUGACGAUGGAUCAGACUAUGAGGAUGAAGAGUAUGACCUGGCAACCUCUCACCUAGGCCUGGAGGAUAUGGCCACCCAACCCUUUCCAUCCCCUAGUCCAAGAAGGGGAAACACCCACCCACACGAUGUACCCAGGGUCCUCUCUCCUAGCUAUGAGGCUACAGAAAGACCCCAUGGGAUCCCCACUGAGAGAACCAGGACCUUCCAAUUGCCAGCAGAGAGGUUUCACCAGCAGCACCCUCAGGUUAUUGAUGUGGAUGAAGUAGAGGAAACAGGAAUUGUAUUCAGCUACAACAUAGGUUCCCAGCAGACGUGUGCCAACAAUAGACACCAGUGCUCCGUGCAUGCAGAGUGCAGAGACUAUGCUACUGGCUUCUGCUGCAGGUGCGUGGCCAACUACACGGGCAACGGCAGGCAGUGUGUAGCAGAAGGUUCCCCACAGCGGGUCAAUGGCAAGGUGAAGGGAAGGAUCUUCGUGGGGAACAGCCAGGUGCCCGUGGUGUUUGAGAACACUGACCUACACUCCUAUGUGGUGAUGAACCAUGGACGCUCUUACACAGCCAUCAGCACCAUUCCUGAAACUGUUGGGUAUUCUCUGCUUCCCCUGGCACCCAUUGGAGGCAUCAUUGGAUGGAUGUUUGCAGUGGAGCAGAAUGGGUUCAAGAAUGGGUUUAGCAUCACUGGGGGCGAGUUCACCCGACAAGCCGAGGUGACCUUCUUGGGGCACCCGGGCAAGCUGGUCCUGAAGCAGCACUUCAGUGGUAUUGACGAACACGGACACCUGACCAUCAACACAGAACUAGACGGCCGAGUGCCACAGAUCCCCUAUGGUUCUUCAGUGCACAUUGAGCCCUACACAGAGCUGUAUCACUACUCCAGCUCAGUGAUCACUUCCUCCUCCACCCGGGAGUACACGGUGACUGAGCCUGAUCCGGACGGCACUGCACCCUCACACACCCAUGUUUACCAGUGGCGUCAGACCAUCACCUUCCAGGAGUGUGUCCAUGAUGACUCCAGGCCAGCCCUGCCCAGUACCCAGCAGCUCUCCGUGGACAGUGUGUUUGUCCUGUACAACCAGGAGGAAAGGAUCUUGCGCUAUGCCCUCAGCAAUUCCAUCGGGCCUGUGAGGGAGGGCUCCCCCGAUGCUCUUCAGAAUCCAUGCUACAUUGGCACUCACGGGUGUGACAGCAAUGCAGCCUGUCGCCCUGGCCCUGGAACACAGUUCACCUGCGAAUGCUCCAUUGGCUUCCGAGGAGAUGGGCAGACUUGCUACGAUAUUGAUGAAUGUUCAGAGCAACCUUCCAGGUGUGGAAACCAUGCAGCCUGCAACAAUUCCCCAGGAGCCUACCUCUGUGAGUGCGUGGAGGGCUACCACUUUUCAGACGGGGGAAUAUGC